AUGUCGACGAGCAAGUCAGUGAAGACAACGGACCAACCCAAUGCACCCGAGGGUUACAAAUCGUUCUCCGUCGGGCCUGAGCAUCAUGGCAUGAAGAACGAUUAUGACGACUACGAAUACCUCAUCACUUCCUUACCGCAGCCUGUGAGGAAGGAGCUUCAACGAGACGGGUGGGCGGAGUGUUUAUGCACGGGCUGGCUUAAGCGCAUGAUUUUAUCGACGCCUGGGUUUCCAUCUCCAAUCGAACAUCCAGCACAGGUGAGAUACGAGAUCCGCAAGUCGGGAAGUCGCGGGCUUGGGGUAUUUGCUACGGAGGAUAUCGAUGCAGGCGAUCUCAUCCUCGCGGAGCGUCCGCUCCUAGUGAGAAUGAUCUGGACACCGCCAGCCCCCAACACAAAGCACUUGAGUCCAAAGCAACGGCUGGAAGGGAUGUACGCGGAUAUGGAGAGAUCUAUGGAGACGCUCGCUUCACGUCUGGAACCUGAGAGAUUGGAGUUGUACCGUGCUCUCUAUAACAGCCACAAGACCGACGGUUCUGGUCCCCUAAGCGGAAUAAUGCGCACGAAUGGUCUACCACUGGGUGAAGUUGAAGACCCCACGGCACUCUCAAUGGGACUUUCGCCCGGUCAAAACCGUUACUCAUGCGUGGGAGCGAAAUGUUCGAGAUUCAAUCACAGUUGCUCGCCCAACGCCGUCUAUACCUUCAGUGUGCCGUCGUUCUCCAUGGAGAUCCACGCUGUGCGCCCCAUCGCAAAGGGAGACGAAAUCACUGUGACAUACGCUUUAGAGGACGAGAAGGCCAUGGAUCGUCAAGCAUCGCUCAAACCAUAUGGCUUUACCUGUGUUUGCCUGGCAUGUCAAAGCCCGGCAACAUCGGACAAGGUGCGAGAGCGAGCGAUUCGAAGUCUGCUUCCCAAGACAUCCCAAGGCAUCGAUUACGCCGAGACUGCUCUGGCAGCAUACGAGGCGACAGGACUGCAGUGUCACAAGCGCUACCUUGAACUUCUGAGGCGUGUGGCGAAAAUCAAUCGUGCAAAGGGUAAUAAAGAGCGCGCAGAUGCCUUGGAUGCGCUAGCGGAGAGUGUGACGACAGCGCAGAGAGGGCGUAAUCCCCAGUUCGCGGCAUGA